AUGCUGGACGGCCUGAAGAUGGAGGAGAACUUCCAAAGCGCCAUUGAGACGUCGGCCUCCUUCUCCUCGCUGCUGGGCAGAGCGGUGAGCCCCAAGUCUGUCUGCGAGGGCUGUCAACGGGUCAUCUCGGACAGGUUUCUGCUGCGGCUCAACGACAGCUUCUGGCAUGAGCAGUGCGUGCAGUGUACCUCCUGCAAAGAGCCCCUGGAGACCACCUGCUUCUACCGGGACAAGAAGCUCUACUGCAAGUAUGACUACGAGAAACUGUUUGCUGUCAAAUGUGGGGGCUGCUUUGAGGCCAUCGCGCCCAACGAGUUUGUGAUGCGGGCCCAGAAGAGCGUGUACCACCUGAGCUGCUUCUGCUGUUGUGUCUGCGAGCGGCAGCUCCAGAAGGGCGAUGAGUUUGUCCUGAAGGAGGGGCAGCUGCUCUGCAAAGGGGACUAUGAGAAGGAGCGGGAGCUGCUCAGCCUGGUGAGCCCGGCAGCCUCAGACUCAGGCAAAAGUGAUGAUGAAGAAAGUCUUUGCAAGUCAGCCCAUGGGGCAGGGAAAGGAGCCGCUGAGGAUGGCAAGGACCAUAAGCGCCCUAAACGUCCCAGAACCAUCUUGACAACCCAACAGAGGAGAGCAUUCAAGGCCUCGUUUGAAGUAUCCUCCAAGCCGUGCAGGAAGGUGAGGGAGACUCUGGCUGCAGAGACAGGGCUGAGCGUCCGUGUCGUUCAGGUGUGGUUCCAGAACCAGAGAGCUAAGAUGAAGAAGCUGGCCCGGCGGCAGCAGCAGCAACAGCAAGAUCAACAGAACACCCAGAGGCUGAGUUCCGCUCAGACAAAUGGUGGCGGGAGCGCUGGGAUGGAAGGGAUCAUGAACCCCUACACCGCUCUGCCCACCCCACAGCAGCUCCUGGCCAUCGAGCAGAGCGUCUACAGCUCAGAUCCCUUCCGACAGGGUCUCACCCCACCCCAGAUGCCUGGAGACCACAUGCACCCCUAUGGUGCUGAGCCCCUUUUCCACGACCUGGAUAGUGAUGACACCUCUCUCAGUAACCUGGGUGACUGCUUCCUAGCAACCUCAGAAGCCGGGCCCCUGCAGUCCAGAGUGGGAAACCCCAUUGACCACCUGUACUCCAUGCAGAAUUCUUACUUCACCUCUUGAGUUC